GUCAAACAAGUACAUAUAAACAUCAUUUCAUGGAUACGUCAUUCGGUGUUUAAUUCUUGCUGUUGAUCUCUGUCUACAUUGCACAACACUUUUUUUUCUUUCUUCUUUUUUAUUUAUUCACUUACAUUAUGUCAGGUUCACCAGACGAACAAGUGCCAGAUUUAACAUGGUUGAAUGUUGGAAUUGCAUCGUUGUUUAUCCUUGUCAAUGGUGUCAUAUCCAUGUCAUUGGGAUUGAAGUUAGAGAAAUCUUUGUUUACAAGUUCAGUGCGGUGUAUUAUUCAAUUAACCAUCAUGGGUAAAAUUCUUCAAAGUAUAUUUUCAGCAAAAGAUCCAAUAUUAGUAGCUAUUAUGACAUUUGCCUUAAUAUUUCUUAGUUCAUGUGAAACAGUAUAUAACAAGUCAGAUUGGUCUUACAGUGGCAUGUUUCCAUCUGUUUUAUUAUCCACUAUAUUUUCAACCAUAUUUAUUGGUAUUCUUGGUACUCGUUAUGCCAUGAAUCAGCAGAAUUUCUGGUUGCCAGAACUCUUUAUUCCUACAGUAGGUUUACUGUUAGGUAUUACAUCAGGCGCAAUGGCGGUAGGAUUAGCCACUGUAUUGAAAAAGGUUGGGCAACAAACAGAGCAAAUUGAAACCUAUUUAAGUUUUGGUGCGAGUCGAUGGGAAGCAGGUCGGCAAGUGGCUAUUGAAUCGAUUCGAUUAGCUAUGCUUCCUAGCAUCAAUACCAUGUCAGUGACUGGUCUAAUUACCAUUCCAGGAGCCAUGACAGGUCAGAUUUUGGGUGGUGCUCCUAUCAUGAACGCAGUACGAUAUCAACAAAUUGUUACUUACAUGAUUUCAGCCACUACAAGCCUGGGCGUGCUUUCAGUUGUCUAUGCAAGUAUAUGCAACGUAUCUUCACUGUUAUUAAUCCUAAAUUGUAGUUUGCUGUUCAUCAUAUGAUUGACAAAAAGCACCGUCUUCGCCCUGAGCGUGUGCAUAAGUACAAGGCCAGCGUGCUUCGAGACAUGAAGUUUUUACUUUUGAGUUUUUGGCAUGAACUAACUGGUAAUAAUAACCAUGACAAUGACCAGCAGUCAGGGGAUAAUGAUGACAAUCAAACUGCAGAUGAAAAUACACCAUUACUUAAGAAUAAGCAUGCUACUAGUAGCAACAGUCAUUAAUCAGAGUCAGCUGUUCAAAUAAAAACACCGCCAAAAAGUUUUAAGGAUUCUCUUUUUUCCUCCUUUUUUUAUCUUUUCCUCA